AUGCGUCCUCUUACGGAAGGAGAAUCCAAGACGGUCUUCGAGAAGCUCGCCAACUACACUGGAAAGUCCCUCACAAAUUUGUUGACCGACACGGCUCCCGGCAAGGAUGGAAAGGCUUCAAGAUUUGUCUUCCGUGUUCAAGAAUCAAGAGUCUACUACGUGCGCGAGGACAUGGCAAACUUGGCCACAUCGGUAGCCAGAGAUAACCUGCUGUGUCUUGGAAACUGCAUCGGCAAGUUGACCAAGACUGGCAAGUUCCGUCUUCACAUUACCGCUCUGGACAUCAUCGCUCCUCAUGCUCGCGCAAAGAUCUGGGUCAAGCCUAACGGAGAGAUGCCAUUCCUGUACGGUGGUCACAUUGUCAAGGCUCACGUGGGUCGCUGGAGCGAAGACUGCCCCGAGCACCAGGGUAUCAUUGUUUACUCGAUGAACGAUACACCUCUUGGUUUCGGUGUUACCGCCCGCUCAUCCGCCGAAGCAAAACGUCUGGACCCUACUGGUAUCGUUGUCUUCAGACAAGCCGACUGCGGCGAGUACCUCAGAGAGGAGGACACCCUCUUCCAGUCUUGA